AAGAUAUUGAUGGGAAAGCAAACUACCAAAAGCAGGAUGUAUUUAGAUAAGAAAUGUCCAUGCAAAAUGGCAAAAUAAUCGACCAGAAGGCAUACCUAAAGAAGUAUCUGUCCGGCGACAAGGAGAAGAAGAAGAAAAAGAAGGACAAAAGGCACAAAAAGUCUGCGAAAGUGAAAAUCAUCGACGACGAUGCAUACGAAGAUGACGGCAUGGAAAUGGACGAAGAUCUGUUGCUGGGCGGCGAGGAUGCGCCCCAAAUAGUGGGCGAGUACAUCGAGGACAAUCCGGAGGCUGUGCGCAGCAAGUGGCGCAACAUUGCCGUCAAGGAUGAGGUCAAAGAGGAGGACCAGAGCGAGGCGUCUGCUGUCCAAAUCAAGCAGGAGCCGGCGGAUGACCAGGCUGAGGAGGAAAUGUGGGGUCGCAGGGCCACUGAGGUAAAAAUGAAGAAAGAACGCUCGCCCCCAGGCACACGACGCGGCGGCAGUCCCCUGGCCAUAAAAAUCAAGCAGGAAAAACGUAGCACCUCAAGGGAUUUGAGUCCAAAGCGCAGCACGCGUCGGGCGUCCUCUUCAGGGAGGAGAAAACGCAGCACGGAUCAGAGUCCGCCGAGAAAGAAAAGGGAUCCAGAUCAGAGUCCACAACGAAGAAGGCGAGGCAGUCCGGAUCAGAGUCCACCCAGGCGCAAGCGAGACGAAGAUCAGAGUCCCCCCAGGCGCAAGCGGGACGAGGAUCAAAGUCCACCCAGGCGCAAACGAGACGAAGAUCAGAGUCCACCCAGGCGCAAGCGAGACGAAGAUCAGAGUCCACCCAGGCGCAAACGAGACGGAGAUCAGUCCCCACCACGACGGAAACGCGUCAACUUGGAUCAGAGUCCGCCCAGAAGAGGGCGUAGAAGCAGCAACGACCAGAGUCCGCCACGAAGAGGACGCGACUCUGACCAGAGCCCGCCCAGACGUCGUAACAGCCCCCACUCCGACCAGAGCCCGCCCAGGCGACGCAGAGAUGCCGACCAGUCGCCAGAUCGCAUGAGAAAAGACGCGGAUCAGAGCCCACCAAGAAAACGCGAACCAUCUCCCGCACGUAGGCAACGCAACUCCGAUCAGAGUCCACCCAGACGGCGUCGCUCAGGCAGCAGGGAUAACAGAACUCGCACUAAAGAGGAAUCACCGCCAGCGCGACGCAAGAGCCGCUGGGCCAAGGGCUCGCCCUCUCCGUCGCCGCCGCCAACGCACAAGCCCAAGUCGUCCAAGACGCUUGACGGCAAGAUGGCUGGCCUGCAGGACGCGCAGUCGCUGAAGAAGGAGUCGGACGAGCGGCGUCGCCGUGAGCACAAUUUGUUUGAGCAAAUGUCCAGCGAGGUGUCGGGCCGCGAUGCUGAGAUUCAGAUGCGCAGCACAGGCAGACGUGGACGCAGGGCACGCGAGGCGGCCGAGGAAGAUCCGGCUGAGCAGCAGCGCAAGGAGGAGCACGAGAAGAAGAAGAAGGCGCUGUACGACCGCUGGGGCAAGGGCCUAAAGCAAAUCGAGGAUUUGAAGGUGCGCCACGAGGAAAUGGCCCAUGAGGCAUCGAAGCCCGUCGCCCGCUAUGCCAACGACGAGGAUCUGGAUCGGCAUCUGCGGGAGCAGGAGCACGCAGACGAUCCCAUGCUGGAGUAUAUGCGACAGAAGCGCAAGAAACAGGACAAGCUGGACAACAAGCCCGUGAUGCCCAAGUAUGAGGGCAGUUUUCCGGAGAAUCGCUAUGGCAUUCGUCCCGGCUAUCGCUGGGAUGGCGUGGACCGUUCCAAUGGCUACGAGCAGCGCUGGUUUGACAAGCAGAACGAGCGCAAGGCGAUGCAGGACGAGGCGUACAAGUACAGUGUGGAGGAUAUGUAAAUGUUGAAAGGAAUUUUUAUAUUUUUUGUUUGCAAUAAAGAUUCAAACGGGUGCCGCCGA